AUGGCCACCAACUCUGAUCAAGGGGAAGCGCUGGACAUUGACCAGGAAGAUAUCGAUUCUACCUUUGGAGACGAUGUCGAGAGCGACACCAAAUCCCUUACAUCGAGCAUUCAAAGAUACCGAAUUGAGAACGGGAGAAGAUACCAGAGUUACCGAGAAGGAGCAUACUAUGCCCCGAAUGACGAGAAGGCGAAUGAAACGCUUGAUAUUGCGCACCAUUCAUAUCUCCUCUUGCUGGACCAGAAGUUAUACUUGGCGCCCCUUGAAAAACCUCAGAAAGUCCUUGAUAUCGGCACCGGAACGGGUAUCUGGGCCAUUGAUUUCGGCGAAGAGCAACCGCAAGCCAACGUCAUCGGCACCGAUCUAUCCCCCAUCCAACCCUCCUGGGUUCCCCCCAACGUCUGCUUCUUAAUAGAGGACUGCACCGAAUAUCCCUGGGCCUACGCGGACAACUCGAUGGAUUUCAUCCACAUCCGCGAUCUCUUCGGCUGCAUCCCCGACUGGUCUGAAUUCCUCGACCAGUGCUACAAAACCACAAAGCCAGGCGGAUACGUAGAGAUCCUCAAUCGGGCCGUGUGGCUGGAAGACGACGACGGUUCCAUUCCCAAGGACGAAAACCAUGUGUUGAAUAUCUGGAAGCGGGAGUUCCGCGAGGUGGGCGACCGGAUGGGGAAAACGACAACAAUCAUUGAGAGGCAGAGGGAGGAGAUGGAGAAGGCGGGGUUUUUGGAUGUGACGGAGAGGAUAUUCAAGAUGCCCCUGGGUUCAUGGCCGAAGGACAAGGGUCUCAAGGAAGUGGGGCGGUUUUAUUUCUUGGAGUGUACACAGGGAUUGGAAGGAUGGUCGAUGGCCCUAUUGACGAGGGUGAUGGGCUGGGGCCUGGCGGAGGUACACGUGCUUUUGGCUCGGUUCCGGCAAGCAAUGAAUGAUCGGUCAAUUCAUAGUUAUGUUCCCAUUUCGGUUGUGUAUGGACGCAAGCCGCUGUCAUAA